CGUUUUGCCAGUGCCGGGCUGGCAGCUGGGUGAUCGAGCCGGCCCGGUUCCGGCUUCCGGUCGAUCGACGGCGACACCGGCGAGGCAAGCGAAACCGCGGGCUCGGCGUGGCUGGCGGGGCGCGCCGGCCGUUUCGCUGCCGCUGUCGUGGCCGGCCAUCGACGCCGACAUCUAGAAGCCUGAUCCGUUCGGCUCGGCUGGGCCUGGCGCGCUAUAUAACGGCAGGGCCAGGGCCCAAGCUACUCACUCACUCACUCAUCAUCCAGACCAACUGACCAAGUGUCCUUUUUUCCGGAGCCCCACCAGCCGAAUUCAGCUCAGAUCAUCAGUACCCCGCCCGAUCUCCAUGUCUUCGACGGCGGCGCCCAGCCUGGCCAACCUGUGGCUCGGCGUCGGCGAGCUCGCCGCGGCGGUGCAGGGGACGUGGCAGGCGGCGGCGGCCGGCCACGGCGGCCCGCGGCAGCGGCAGAGGAAGCUCGGAGGAGAGAAGACGACGACCUCGGCGGUGCAGGGAGCCGCCGCGGCCGGGGACGGGGACGUCGGGAGGUGCGGCGGCGCCAUGUCCGACACCACGCUCUACCUGCUGCUAGACCGGUUCUCGCCCAGCUGAGCUGGUGGCCGGGUCCCCACGCUGGCCGCCGCCGUCCGCGCCCGCGUUCCGGCGACCCCGGCCGGUCGUGACCAUCUGUACAGGCGAAAUAAUUGCCCGCGAUGGUUGUUGUAAAUGUUUGUGGCUUGUGAAUUGUGGCUUGUGGUUGUUCGCUUCCCCCCAUUUCUUGCGCUCCAUGUGCAACGCUGUUCAACGAACAAUGACCAGAGGCAUGGA